GCAUUUUGUUUUGUUCAGCACACCAAGUUCUGAGGUUUAUGGAUCCAAACCGCAUUCAACCCAUGAUGCUGUCUCAAGCUGGGUACAUACUACCUCAACCAGGACUCAGCCUUGUCUCUCCUUUGCCUGGCGGUGCUACUGCGUAUGCCCACCAACCAUCAUAUCAAAAGUCAUUAUACUUUCCAUUGUCGUUUGCUGGUUAUAAUGACCCUCAAGUUAGUGAAAUGGACUUCUCCAGCUCCCAGGUCCAGAGCACUUACACUUCACCUGCCGAUGUGCUGGAAAAAGACUACCAAAUUGUUACUUAUGAAGAGCUUGAAAAAUUACUCCCAGAACCCAAACCAUCUGGUCGCGUCGAGUUGGGUUUGCUUCCGAAUGGGUGUGCUUAUGCACCUAAAACAGCAAGUCGAGAAAAUUACUUGUUAUUUGCAUCAAAAUAUAGCUAUAUAUUGUAUUUCACUCAUCAUUAUUUUUCUCGAGAAAACUUAUGCCGGGAUCAGACGUUCCUGAAUAUGCUUGUUGAUCGACUGAUUUUGCCAAUCGAAAAGCUUGUCAAAGCUCCUCGCCUAGCAGCUCUAAAUACUACUCAUGAAGAAGUGGAAAAAGCCUUACUUGGCAGUAAGAUUGUUUGUGUUGAAGAUAUGAAUGCGGGAAUGCGUGGUGUUCGCCGCAUUGAUGGUUAUCCUGGUCUGUCUACGAAUCCUGAUACUUCAAUAAAUGUGCAAUCUGAGAGUGGAUUAUCGACUUUUACAUCGUCUCAGAAUUUAACCUCGUUGAUUGGGUCUUUCUCUCUCCAACCACAAUUGCCUGAUCAACAAAUUACUACCAGUCUUCAAUCCGUAGUUGUGUUGAAAACUGCUGGUUCAGACAAAUUCCGAUCUGAUGGCGUUAUAAGAUCUAGACACAUGAAUUCUGAAACAAGCAAAGAGCUUCUACAAGCAAGUACUUUAAUUCAAAACCCGGUGACAACGAAUGUUUGCAUAGCACCUGCGUCUCAUCAAAUGUCCAUUCCAUUAUUGUUACCUUUAUGUGGUAUCGAGAACUGCAGCAAUAUUCAUAUAGAAUGUACCGGUACAGCGGGUCCUUCAGUAGCACCUUGUCGUAAUACUGCUCCUUGGAUAUUACAACGGCCUACAAAACAGCAUAAUCCAUAUUCUCGUGUUGCACAUGUGAUAGUUCCUCAGUCUAUAAAUCAAACGAAUUCUACAAAUUACAAUAAAAACCAACCGCUCGCGUGGGACUUUCAUCAGCGCCCACAUCUCCCAGCUGCGAACAGUACACAUUCAAGUGUAGUACCAAUACGGCGUCAAACGCAUUUGCCAAAUUAUUUCAUUCGUCAGACAGGGAAUGUUAUAGAGUCAUAUCCUGUCCCAUUUUCAAUACCACAAACAAGUAACACAAAUCAACCUUUCAAUCUAGCUGUAGCAGCUGCUUUAGCAUCCAUGAGUACAAGCACCAGUAAUAGCAUUAAUCCAAACCACUAUGGACAUCAACCGCAGUAUUUCCCCAACCAGUUGUUAACCAACUCUUCAAACAUCAGUCCAAUUGGAGCUAACCAACAACGACCAUCAAAUGCACUUUUGAAUCACCUCCAAGCAGUAGCUGCCAUGUCAGCUGUUGCACAACAUUCGAAUGCUACACCUUAUUUUCAGAAUCCUGUAUCUCAAACUAAUCCUUUUCAUAUCCCCACCCCUGUGCCAUUGCCAGUGUACUACACCGCUCCACAGUUAUCGUUACAAUCUUCUGGUGCGCGGAACUCUUUACAGCGUUUACAACAAAAUGUGUAUCCGAUGCAAAGCUAUGGCUAUCAGACAGUCCAAAACGUCCCAGUAUCUGAGUCAUCGGAUAAUCUAAGGUCAGAUAGUAGAUGUGGCUUAACGGUACCGAAUCUCCCACAACAUACAAAUAACUUGAUUUAUCCUAUACUGUUGCAACCACCCGUGCACAUACAGCAUAAGUUACCCACACAUAUGAAUGGUACAGGGUGGCAGGUUCACAACCCUGGUCAGUCGAUACGUGGAGCAUUCAAUUCAGUAGGUUUAACGCCUAUACCCAUUAACUUCACAGUCAUUAACACUAAUGGCUCUACUUCGGUAGCCAAUAAUGGGAUGCUCAAAGAGUUACCAACGUUUUCAGACACAAAAGAUAAUCUUGAUAACAAUACAGCAGUAGAUAAUAUGGUAAGUGAUGCUGCAAUAAAUGUGUCUCUUGCAUCUGAAAAUCAAUUGGAUAGUGGAUCGUCUGUGUUACCAGGGUUAAUUUCAUCUACUGAAAAUUUUACAUGCGCAGUUAUUAGCGACAAUCAGUCUCAUAAGCUUCCCAAACAAGUUGAAAAAAUGACCUCUCCUGGUUCGGUUCAUGAUUCUGAGGAUUCAGUUAGUUCUGGGAUAGGAGACAUGACUGCCACUAGCACUGGUGAUAAUGACAGUCGUAACAAUUCGUCGUGCACACCAACCGAACCAACUCGUAUUAUUCCGAAAUCUGACUACGUACGAAACAAGUCUUCAACACGAAUUAAAGAAAAACUUACUGGUACAUGAGUCUCCGAAAUGAUGAAAUUCAUAAUUUUGUAUUAUCAUUCACUGAAGCUACAAGUGAUCAUCCAAUAUCAUGCAGUCAUUUGUUCCAAGUAAUUUUACACAGCUUACUGGAUAGACUAGUAAAGGAAACUCAUAAGCAGAACAUAUAUUGUGCUUACCAGUUAUCUUUUUCACCAUUAUAAUUAAAGCGACGGAAAUAGAAACAAAGAACCAUAACUACUGGCCGUUUCAUCCUGCAUAUUCACGAACCACCGUUCCGGUCACAAUUACGCUGUUCAUUUUCAUUACAAAUGCUUUAUUUUAAGUCGGGAAAUACUGUGAUUAGAAUUCGCGUUACGGCCACUCCUAUAUGGUGUCUAAACUGCCUUUUCUUUCAUUUUGAAGAUUUCUUAGUUACUGUUUUUAUUCCACCCUGUUUGUAUAUAUGAUUUAUUGUCAGUACAUACGUAUCUAUAUACCACCGCUUUACUUCAAGCUUCCUUAAGUGUUAUCAUUUUGCGAGGUAUACUGCACAAUUUACAUUUCCCCAUGCAAAAGAGAAACCAAUUAUCCUACCUCACCAUAUACGUAUAUCCCAGAAAAUCUCCAGAUAAGCGCCUUAGGUCUAGAUUUUCGUAGUUAUAUGCAACUAGGAGUUUAAAGGAUUAGAACUAUACCGAAAUCAAACUAUUUGUUUUUCAUUGACUUUCUAAUUACAAACAAGCUGAGAUUUUUUCCUUAUCCGUGCUCUCCCUGAGACUUAUUAAUUUAAGCUGCUAAAGCACCUUGAUUUUCCAUUAAACUGUUUAUUUUGAGAUAUUUUUUUCCUUAUAGUGUUACCUUGCAAAUCUUAAAAAUAACUUCUUGGUUUCAAAGUUAUGCAAGAUAUUUCAUGAGUGAAUAGAUGUGCAUUUUCUUAUUGCGAAGCAAAUCAUUUGAACGCAUUUUGUGAAGUAUAAAUAAAUGGGAUUUCGGUAGAAAUCUAAACUUCUUAUUUAUUAUGUUUACAAUUUUUUGGUGUGUGCUGCAGUCGUUUAAACAGACAUACAAUUGUCUUUAGAGUGUCAAAAUCAGGUAACCGGGCUCGUACGAAGAUCAUUGUGGAUAAUUAACCAAGGUUUUCGUUACUCGAGUUUGAAUAAGACGUGGGAUCAUACAGCGGGAAAGAUGGUAUUUUAACAUCUAAACUAGUACCAUUGUGUUUUUCAAACCGAAACGUUCCCCACAUGUGGGCCCACUCCACGGGGAAGUGGAUAUGACUGUGAUACUGAAAAACUGGACAUUCUGGAGAAAGGACAGGUUGCUGAAAUUUGAAGGAAAAGUAAAUCAGAGUAUGCGAAAAUUGCACCGUACUUACCAUCCCUACAACUCCUUUUCCUCCGAUUGACUCAAGGUUUCCGGAUAUUGAGAAAAUUUUCAAAAAGCGCUCACGAAGUUGAACGCGGUCCAUCGUGAGGUUUUCUAAUCGGAUUAAAUAGCGCCACUUUCAAAUAUAAAAGAAAUUAGGAAAUAUGUCAUUUCGUAUGAUGUUAGUGUAGUGUGGUUUUCGAGAUUAAUAAAUGUAAUUUGUACAUGAAGUAUACUAGAUAAUUAACCUUACCCGGUUACUAACCCUUCUCUUUUCUACAAAAUAUGAGGAUUCUACGCAACCUCUGUGACCAUGAAAAACGUAAUUCUGAUUACCGUCGCCCAG